GAAAGUUAUACAAUCUGGUGUGCACUGCAUUGAUCCCUGAAACUGAUUCUAAUCAAUCUGCUGGUUUGCUUUGAACACGUUUAACGAAGAAAGACAAGUUGUUGUGGUUGACCACUAGAUGUUAUUGGUCCACAAAAUAAAUGCCAUCAUUUCAGAAUAAAAGCUGGACCUCAGAAAAUAAAGUCUCAGGUCACGACAAAAUCUGAUCAGAGGUUCUGUACAAAGAUAAAUUACCGGACAGGAAACAGGAAGUAACGUGUAACUUCAAAAUUGUAUUUCAUUCAUUCAAAGUACAAAGUUUGAUUUGAUGCUGUAACCUUUUAUACUGAGCUGCAUUAUUUAGCUUUUAUUUUGAAUAGUGAACUUGGGCCUGAAGAUUGUGUCAUAACAAUUAUAUGUGUGCUAAUGCAUUGCCUAGUGAUAUAAACCACGAAGGCACACAUAAUAUAAAAAAGCCACUUUACGCUUUAAUAAUAUAAAAUAAUAAAACAAAAGCAGUGAGACAGCAAAGGAAGCCGCCUUUAAACAGUGAGACAGCAAAGGAAGCCGCCUUUAAACUGGUUGACAACACUUGGUAAAAAGAGGAGGUGAUGGAGAGAGGGAGCAGAGGAAGUGAAGGAGAGGGAGCAGAGAUCUGGUUCUGUUCAGAGGAAGUGAAUCUGUUCUUCAGUCUCUGACAGCAGCUGAAAUGGCGCAGCAAGAAAAUCACCUGGACAGAGAAACGUUCUCCUGUUCGAUCUGUGUGGAUCUACUGAAGGAUCCGGUGACUACUGUCUGUGGACACAGCUACUGUAAGAGCUGUAUUAACACCCACUGGGACAAUGGGGAGGAGAGAGGAAGCUACAGCUGUCCUCAGUGUAGAGAGACCUUCACACCGAGGCCUGUCCUGGAGAAAAACACCAUGUUAGCUGAUUCACUGGAGGAGCUGAAGAAGACUGGACUCCAAGCUGCUCCUGCUGAGAGAGAGCUCGGGCUGAGGAGACAAACAAUCCAGCAGAGAGUCCAGGACAUAGAGAAAGACGUGAAGCUGCUUCAACAGGAGGAGGAGGCCCUCAAUGGCUCUGCUGAUAAAGCAGUGGAGGACAGUGAGGAGAUCUUCACUGAGAUGAUCCGUCUGCUGGAGAAAAGAAGCUCUGAUGUGAAGCAGCAGAUCAGAUCCCAGCAGCAAACUGAAGUGAGUCGAGUCAGAGAGCUUCAGGAGAGACUGGAGCAGGAGAUCACUGAGCUGAAGAGGAAAGACCAGGAACUGAAGCAGCUCUCAGACACAGAGGAUCACAACCAGUUUCUACACAACUACCCCUCACUGUCACCACUCAGUGGACCUACACACUCAUCCAGCUUCAGGAUCCGUCCUCUGAGGAACUUUGAGGACUUGACAGCAGCUGUGUCCCAGGUCAGAGGUCGACUACAGGACAUUCUGAGUGAGACAGAGACACAGAUUUUACAGAUUGUGUCUCAAGUGGAUGUUUUACUGCGACAACCAGAGCCAGAGACCAGAGCUGACUUCUUAAGAUAUUCACAGGAAAUCACACUGGAUCCAAACACAGCACACGUAUGUCUGUUAUUAUCUGAGGGAAACAGAAAAGUAACAUUGAUGGGUGAAGUUCAGUCUUAUUCUGAUCACCCAGACAGAUUCACUGGUUGGUCUCAGGUCCUGAGUAGAGAGAGUCUGACUGGACCUUGUUACUGGGAGGUGGAGUUGAGGGGGGGAGUAGUUCAUGUAGCAGUCACAUACAAGAACAUCAGAAGAGCAGGAAGCUCAGAUGAAUGUGGAUUUGGAAACAAUGAUAAAUCUUGGAUGUUAUAUUGUUAUAGAUACAGUUAUAUAUUUUAUCACAACAGCAUCUACACUCCAGUGUCAGGUCCUGUGUCCUCCAGAGUAGGAGUGUACCUGGAUCACAGAGCAGGUGUUCUGUCCUUCUACAGCGUCUCUGACACCAUGACUCUCCUCCACAGAGUCCAGACCACAUUCACUCAGCCGCUCUAUGCUGGAGUUAUGGUUUAUUAUACUGGAUCCACAGCUGAGUUCUGUAAACUCAAGUAGACUCGAGUCAUUAAAGCAGUGAUUUAGAUCCUGUGUUACCUGUCAGUGCUGCAGUCUGUUGUCCCUGCAUGCUUCAAGGAGACCAUCGUUGUCCCGGUCAGACAGCACCACAUCCUCCACCCUGACUGAGCUCAGCACAUCACCAGGACGGAGCUGCCAUCCAUGAAGGACCUCUACCUCCACCCAGCUGCUCUGCCUGCUGCCGUCUGGCCCACGGUCCCACAGAGAGAAACGUCUCUUCUUCUCUUACCUGGUUAUUUAUGAUGCAGGAGCUUUUUCUUCUCUGAUGAAGUAUAAUCAUAUUUAUAACCUGCGUUUGCUUCAGUUAGAGAUUUGUUUCAUUUCAAAGCAUAAAAAGCUCUGAACAGAAGAAAUAAACAGGUGAUUACUCUCAUCAUUUCAGUGCUAAUGCUCACAGGCUGUGAACACGUCUUUGGAAGAGAAAACAAAAGACCAACAGGUCAGUGGUUGUCCCCUGUUAACACUCGUCCACUUGACCUUUGACCUGUUGUGAACCAUGUUCCUGUGCAAUGGGAGAUUCACAGAGAUUUGAAAUCAGAGCUCCGUGACUCUGAUCCAGGAUCUGCGACAGGCUGAGACAGAAGCUUCCUUUAAAUCCUCUUGGCAGCUUCGCACCUGACGAGUGAAAACACGUCCAAGGUGACGAUGUGGUGCGUUGAAAUAACUCUGAAUAAGAAUCAGUUUGUGUACAUGUGAUGUUUGUUAGCUCUGCCGAGGAGGUUGUGUUACCAUCUAUGUUUGUUUGACAUUUAGCAGGAUUCCUCAAACACUACUGAUCUGGUUCUACUUGGACUCACGGGCGGAUCCAGGAGGUUCUUUGCCGAGUUUCUUUAACAAUGAGAGAUAUGACCUUUGACCUUGAAUUCUCAGACAUUCAUUCCUGGAUAUUGACGACAAAAAUCCAACAUGUGUGAACUUUUACAGAUCUAAAUAAAAAAGCCACUAAGUUUGGAAAAUGUGUUUGUUUUAAUGGUCUUAGUGUUUGUUAAUGAAGU